CUUUGGGAACGCAGCGCUGGAUGAACGAAGCAUCCUCGCACCACUCUACCAGUGCUGCAUGGUCCGUGUUUCCACAUGGAACAGGUUAAACCUGCUGAGAGGUGGAGCUCUGAGUUCAGCUAUGCGACAGGCUCUGGCAUUCGACCCUAUCCACCCGGUCCUGGCUGAACCACACCUUGCAGCCCUGGACAGGCGUCUUUCUGGAGUCACAGCAACUGUUAAGCAGUGCAUGGAAGCGCAGGGCCCCGACAACACUCUAAUAGAGGACCGAAUGAACCUCCCACAUCCCUAGAAACACGGGAGAGGAGAAAACGGCAAAAACUGGAACAGCCAGGACUUUACUUCCUGAGCCUGGAGAAGAGGAGAGGGAGAUGGAAGGAGGAUGACUGAGCAAAUGGGGAUCAGCCCUGGUGUUGAAGAAGGAGAUGCAGAAUCAGUAAAUGGAUGAACAGAGCGGAACAAACACUGCAUUUCUUCUGCUCUUGUCCCUUCCUUGUUUGUCACUCUGACAAGACUGGAGUGGUUCCCAAAAAGGAAUGACUGGAUUCAGAGUGUUGGAACUGUGUCACUUUGAGCUAUAAAAACUUUCUCUCAGGACUGCUGUGCACUAAAGGUCCGUAUCUACUGUAAGAAACCCUCCGUCUAUUACUACUUGUUGUGACGACCCUCCAGCCAUGUACCAGAUCCUCCCUCCCAGACCAGGGUUUUCUUAGGACUCAACUAAGAAGAAAAGAUAGAGCUCGGAGAGAUGCAGACACUCAAAAGAGCAGGAGGGAAGUUUGAAAUGAGCCACCAACAUCUGGAUGAAAAGAAACUGUUCAGCCGUGUCUCAGGCUGUUUUGAGUUUACAGUCCAAGAAACUGAAAAUCCGUUUUAGAACUGAGAAUCCCAACCCCCCACCCCCCAACAGUCAAACUUAACUUGGACUGGAAAGAAAAGAGUCAACUCAGCCCUACCCCAUCAAUGUGUACAUAUUUAACUAAGUAGUGACAUAGAAUGAUGAAAAGAAAGAAUAUAAAUUUGUGGCUAAUGCUAUUAAAUAAAAUUAAGGGUGUGUGUGUGCGUUUGGGUGUGUGUGCGUGGGUGUGUGUAUGGAAGAGUGCCAUAUCGUGCCGUAAAUAAAAAUGCUACUGACAUGAGACUUGAAGUGAGGGGGCACAGAGGUCAAGUGUAGGUUCAUCUUCAGCAUUAAACUAUGAUCUGUAUCAUUGUGGUUCUCACUCAACUUUCUUUUCUUCCAUGCAUUCACCACUUAAAAACACAAAGGCUAUUUUGAGAUAUUUACUAGUGUUGUCAGUGCUACUAUGUUAAUUUUGGAAGGGAUUGUCACUUUACUCUAACUUUUAAUUGCUCAGAUAUUUCUACCUUAGUCAGAUUUUAUCUGAGAGGCAUUACAGGUCAUAUCUGGAAUGCAGCGGUUAUAGUUAACAUUUCGUUUAUAAUAAUUGGUUUUAGUUUUCAUAAUUCCUCGUCUGACUUUCUGUAAAAGUUUGUUUUCUUUUUUCCAAAUUUGAAUCACCUCUCAUGUCCUGAAUUCAGUUCAAAUUUAGGGCAGCAGUAACUCUUUAGUCACAUAUUAGUCAGAGGUGUAAUUGCAAACGGCUGUGUCCAUGCCUGUGGGAUUACAAUUGUUGCAGUGUCUG